UGAUGACCAGCUCGGUCCACGCGUAUCCAGAUAAUCUCUACAGAAACAGCAUAACAUCACCACAACGUAUCCAGAUUGUGACUGAUCAGCAGACUGCUCAGAAGAUCCAGAUAGUGACAGCAAUAGAUUCAUCUGUGUCUUCCAAACAGCAGUUUAUCCUAACCAGUCCAGAUGGACAUAGGACAGGAAAGGUGAUACUGGCUGCUCCAGAGUCUCCAAAUACAAAGCAGCUGAUCUUCACCACCACGGAAAACCUUGUGCCUGGGAGAAUACAGAUUGUAACGGAUGCUGCUUCUGUUGAACGACUUCUUGGAAAAACAGAUGUGCAGAGGCCGCAAAUCGUUGAAUAUUGCGUAGUUUGCGGUGACAAAGCAUCUGGGCGUCAUUAUGGUGCUGUUAGCUGCGAGGGAUGUAAAGGCUUCUUUAAAAGAAGCGUUAGGAAAAGCCUGACGUACAGUUGUCGAAGCAGCCAGGACUGUGUCAUCAACAAACAUCACAGAAAUCGUUGCCAGUUUUGUCGCCUCAAGAAGUGUUUGGAAAUGGGCAUGAAAAUGGAAUCGGUGCAGAGUGAGAGGAAGCCAUUUGACAUUCAACGGGAGAAACCAUCAAACUGUGCAGCAUCCACAGAGAAGAUCUACAUACGAAAGGACUUGCGAAGUCCUCUCAUAGCUACGCCAACAUUUGUCUCGGACAAGGAGGGAGGGAGACAAACCAGUCAUUUGGACUCUGGGAUGUUGGUAAAUAUUCAGCAGCCUCUCAUACGGAAAGAUGGCACUGUUCUUCUACCAGCUGAAUCAAGGGUGGAGACAAGCCAGGGUGGUCUAGGAACGUUGGCAAAUGUUGUAACAUCUCUUGCCGGCCUUACAGAGUCACUGAAUAAUGAGGACACAUGUGAUAUCCAGUCUGAAGACCAAUUUUCAAGUGAAAUCACUCGUGCGUUUGAUACACUUGCAAAAGCACUUAAAACAAAAGAUACUGCUCUAGGGGAGAACCUUGAGGAUGGAAUGCCAGCAGGAGGAAAUAUUCAUGUUAUAAGUCGUGAUCAGGCCACCCCAAUUCUAGAGGUGGAAGGCCCUUUGCUAUCGGACACACAUGUGACUUUUAAGCUAACAAUGCCAAGUCCAAUGCCAGAGUACUUGAAUGUGCACUAUAUUUGCGAGUCUGCAUCCCGCUUACUUUUCCUUUCCAUGCACUGGGCCAGAUCCAUUCCUGCCUUCCAGGCUUUAGGGCAAGACUGUAACACAAGUCUGGUGCGCGCCUGCUGGAAUGAACUGUUCACAUUGGGCCUUGCACAGUGCUCGCAAGUGAUGAGUCUUUCUACCAUUUUAGCUGCUAUUGUCAACCACCUGCAGAACGGCAUACAGGAAGAUAAACUUUCUGGAGACAGAAUAAAGCAGGUAAUGGAGCACAUCUGGAAACUGCAGGAGUUUUGUAACAGCAUGGCCAAGCUGGAUAUUGAUGGCUAUGAGUAUGCAUACCUUAAAGCAGUGGUACUGUUCAGCCCAGAUCAUCCGGGUCUCUCCAGUACGCAGCAAAUAGAAAAGUUUCAGGAAAAAGCCCAAAUGGAGCUACAAGACUAUGUGCAAAAAACAUACCCUGAAGACACCUACAGACUGACCCGCAUCUUAGUGAGACUCCCAGCCCUCAGGCUUAUGAGUUCCAGCAUCACAGAAGAACUUUUUUUUACUGGUCUCAUUGGCAAUGUUCCUAUUGACAGCAUCAUUCCUUACAUCCUUAAGAUGGAGACAGCAGAAUACAAUGGGCAGAUCACCGGGCCUAGCGCGUAGCAGUGCCUGCUGGUUUCAUGUGGAUCAAAGCACUUUAACAGGACACCUCUGAGGUGUACAAGGGACUUUUGGGCACACAUCAUAGACCACAUUCUGGUGAAAUUGAUAAUUUUUGUUUUUCUAAUUCUUGAACAUUGUUUUCUCCGCUAUUGUCCCCGCACUUGGAUAGAGAUGCACUAAGAGCCUUUACCAGGUGCCAGGUAGGAAAAUAUAUGUUAAGUUUUAAAGUUUAAUGAAGAAAUUAAGGAGCUCUUGGGAUGUCUGUAUCAAGACUUUACAUUUUAUUACAACCAGGUUAAUAUCAAGGAGAUGCCACAUUUCAGUCUCCACUAUACUAUACAUUGGUACAAUUUGGAUGAAAGACUCAAAUAGGGAUUUGACUCCUAUGUUGGUUAUUAUCGUCCAUCAAAUGUAUAAAUAAUCAGUCCAGACUGUCCCAUUCUUCACUAAACCAUUUUGCAGCGUAAAAACCUUACUCGACCUUUAAGUGUUGUCAGUUGUACACAAAGCUCUGUGACGGUCCUGCUGGAAACUGCAGGGGUCACGUGCUUGUAAACUUUAUAUCAUUUUUAUUA